AUGACGGAUAUAGACGCCGAGGCCUUGGUGGCUAAGUUGACCCUGGACGAGAAACUGUGCUUGCUUGCAGGCGGAUCCCAAUGGCGAACUGCUGCGAUUGAGCGUCUCGAGAUUCCCAAUCUCAAGAUGUCGGACGGCCCUUCUGGGGCCAGAGGAGAAAUCUUUGGUGAGGGUGUCCCUGCUGCAUUUCUUCCCAGCGGUGUCAGCCUCGGGGCAACUUGGGAUGAAACCAUCAUGUUCGAAAUUGGAAAAUUGCUCGCCGAGGAGUGCAAAUCCAAGUCGGCGUCCGUCUCGCUUGCUCCCACCAUGUGCAUCCAGCGCCAUCCACUUGGCGGACGAAACUUUGAGUCUUUCAGUGAAGAUCCCUACAUGACAGGUAAACUUGCGACGGCAUACAUUCGGGGCAUGCAAUCCCGUGGAGUGGGUGCUACGGCAAAGCAUUUCGUUGCCAAUGAUCAAGAGACGAAACGAUUCAAAGUGAACAUUCACUUGGAUCCACGAGCGAUGCGCGAAGUCUAUCUGCUGCCGUUCCAAAUGAUCGUCCGCGAUGCAGAUCCUUGGUGCAUGAUGACAGCAUACAACAAGGUGAAUGGUUCCCACUGUGACGCAUCCAAAGAACUUCUCAUCGACAUUGCCAGAGAGGAGUGGGGUUGGGACGGCGUCUUUAUGAGUGACUGGGGAGGCACCAAUACCUCAGUAGAAUCCAUCAACAACGGAUUGGACCUUGAGAUGCCAGGGCCUCCGGUCCGAAGAUCACAGGUGGCGCUGGAGGAACCCCUACAGCAAGGCCUUGUGGACUUGAAGCGUGUGGACGAGUCUGCAGCUCGCAUAAUCCGGCUCCUUCAGAAGGCUGGACGUUUCACAGCUGCGCCAGAUGAUCCUGAAUAUUGCCGAGACGACCCAGAGACAAAAUCAUUGCUGCUACAAGCAGCCAGUGCGGGCAUCGUCAUGCUCAAGAACGAGAUAAAUGCUCUGCCGCUGAAACCAAGCGAGAACAUAAGAAAACUAGCCGUCCUUGGUCCGAACGCGAAGAGAGUAGUCGCCGGUGGCGGAGGAAGCGCUUACAUCAAAGCGCCGUAUUGGACAUCUGUCUUCGACUCGCUGACAGACGAAUUCAACCCGAACGGGACAGACGUCGUCUUUGCAGAGGGCGCCAGGGUUAACCGAUACCUGCCAGCCAUGUCUCCUGAAGUAGCGCGGAAUCCGGAUACUGGGAUGCCCGGCGCUGCGAUUGACUGGCAUCUUGGUCAUGAUCUUGGAACCGAGCCAGUCGCAAAAACACACGCUGAUGACUUAUAUUUCAUGUCCUUUGGCACUGUGCCUCAGGAAGUGGGUAGCGAGACAAACUUCUCGUUUCGAUUACGAACUAUUCUGAAGCCGCUGACUUCGGGGCGUCACAAGUUGUCUCUGGCGUCCAUCGGCCCAGCAGAGCUCUACAUGGACGGAAAAUUGAUUACCUGCCAAUCCGGUGCUUUUGAAGAAAAGUCUACAUUGUUCUUUACUUACGGAAGCGGCGAGUCUGUUGCUUUUGUGGACGUUGAAGCAGGCCAGGAGUACGACAUCCGCGUUGAGUAUCGUUCACACGAUAGACAGCUGGAUCCCAAUCUUCAGCCGCUCUUAGCCCCGAUGGAAGACAAAUUUCAGGGAGUAAGAAUAGGAUACGAGGAGUUUGACGAUUCAAACUUGCCUGGGGAGGCAGCGCAACUUGCGAGUGAAUGCGAUGCGGCCGUCGUUGUUGUUGGCCGAGAUAAGGAAUGGGAGACCGAGGGACAAGACAUUCCCAUUUUCGAACUUCCUGGAGAGCAGGUUCAGUUGAUCAAGGAAGUGGCUGCUGUAUGUAAACGCACCAUUGUCCUCGUCCAAGCCGGCACUCCGGUUCAACUGGAACCCUGGAUUGACGAUGUUCAAGCCGUCCUCUAUACCUUGUAUCAAGGCCAAGAGCUUGGAAACGCUGCUGCUGCUGUUGUCUGUGGCAAGUAUAACCCAUCUGGCCGUUUACCUGUCACAUUUCCACGACGAAUCGAGGAUUGUCCUGCAUUUUCGUCCUUCCCGGGCGAAAAUGAAGAGUCAUACUACUCUGAAGGGCUUUAUGUGGGCUACAGAUGGUGGGAUCUCCUGGGAACCAAGCCCUAUUUCCCUCUAGGCUUUGGUCUGUCGUACAACUCUUUUGAAGUGUACCCGGGGAGUAUCAGCUCCGACUUGCUGCUUGAAGGUUCCACUUUGACUCUUACAGCCCGAGUCAAGAAUACGGGAGGGAGCGACUUGCCAGGACGACAGACGGUCAUUGCGUGGUUCUCUCAGCGUUCGCCGACUCGGUUAAAAAGACCUGUCAAACAAGUGUGUGGCUUUGCAAAGUCUCCUGAAUCCUUGCAAGGCGAAGAAGUCGAGGUACAGAUCCAGGUUCCCGCGAAUGCGUUUGGAAUGUUUGAUCCCAAGAGAAAAGGCUGGAUCAUAGAUGCUCAGACGGACUUUGAUAUACUUCUGGGUACUACUGCAGCGAAUGCAAAGGCUGCUUGGAGUGUGCAUGUACCUAAAGAUAUUACGUGGAGGUGA